CCGUGGUGUCUCAUUUAUGACCAUUUAUGGCAAACAUAACCGCUAGAUAAUAUAUAAAAUCGAGAAAUUUGCGAAAUUGUACACAAGCGUUCGUAAUUAAUCCGUGUGCCAGCGGAUUUUCUCAACUGCCAAACUUCACACCGACCAAAUUUUUGUAGGCGUUUAUCGUACUCGUGUUCCACUUGAGGAUUUUCCCCAUUUCCGGUAAACCGGGUCAGUUUGCUAAUUUUUCACAGAAAAAGGGAGAAAGCCUGACCAUGUCAUACGCAUCAAAGAGUAUUUAUGCGACUUUGCCGCGCACCCAACGCGGACAACCCCUGGUGCUGGGCGGGGACCCCAAAGGCAAAAAUUUCUUGUACACCAAUGGUAACUCUGUGAUCAUUCGUAACAUACAAAAUCCAGCCAUUGCUGAUGUGUAUACCGAGCACUCAUGCCCAGUGAACGUAGCCAAGUACUCUCCGAGUGGAUUCUACAUAGCUUCUGGAGACCAGUCGGGCAAAGUCAGGAUCUGGGACACCGUCAACAAGGAGCACAUCCUCAAAAAUGAGUUCCACCCGAUCGGCGGCCCCAUCAAGGACAUCGCCUGGUCCCCCGACAACCAGCGCAUGGUGGUGGUGGGCGAAGGCCGCGAGCGCUUCGGCCACGUCUUCAUGUCAGAAACCGGCACCUCCGUGGGCGAGAUCUCCGGCCAAUCCAAACCCAUCAACUCGUGCGACUUCAAACCGUCGAGACCCUUCCGAGUGAUCACCGGCUCCGAAGACAACACGAUCGCCGUCUUCGAGGGACCCCCGUUCAAGUUCAAAAUGACGAAGCAGGAUCACAGCCGGUUCGUGCAAGCCGUGCGCUAUUCGCCGACCGGGAACCUGUUUGCGUCCGCCGGAUUCGACGGGAAGGUGUUCAUUUACGACGGGACGUCGUCGGAUUUGGUGGGGGAAGUGGGAAGCCCCGCCCACAGCGGAGGCGUGUACGGGGUGAGUUGGAGUCCUGACGGGAAGCAACUGUUGACCGCCAGCGGGGACAAAACCGCCAAGUUGUGGGACGUGGAGACCAGGCAGGUCGUGUCCGAGUUCGUCCUGGGGGCGUCGGUGGAAGAUCAACAAGUAUCCUGCCUAUGGCAAAACGAAUAUUUGCUCACCGUCUCGCUGAGCGGUUUCAUCAACUACCUCGACGUAAACAACCCAACGAAACCUCUUCGAAUCGUCAAAGGUCACAACAAACCCAUCACCGUACUGGAAUUGAGCGAGGACCGUGGUACGAUCUUCACUGGGUCCCACGAUGGUAACGUAACCCGGUGGACCGCCGAAACCGGCGAGAACGACCGCAUAGAAGGGGUGGGUCAUGGUAACCAAAUCAACGGGAUGCGAGUCCACGGAAACGUUUUGUACACCUGCGGGAUUGACGAUUCCUUGAAGCAAAUCGACAUCGAAGGUAACACAUACAAAGGACAGGACCUGAAACUGGGAAGCCAACCCAGAGGGAUGGACGUGUUCAAAGAACAGAACAUUGUGGUUACUGCCAGCGUGAACGAAAUCACUGUGGCGCAGGAUAAUAGGAAAGCUAGCACCGUCAAGGUGUCGUACGAGCCUACCAGUGUCAGUACGUCGCCGAGAGGCCACGUGGCCGUGGGCGGAGCCUCGGACAACAAAGUGCACCUGUACGAGUUGAAGGGGACGCAGUUGGAGCCAAUGAAGGAGCUCGAUCACUUGGGGGGCGUGACCGACGUUGCGUACUCGCCAGACGACAACUACCUGGUGGCGUGUGAUGCGCACAGGAAAGUUGUGCUUUAUAGUGUGCCUGAGUAUAAGCUUGCCACUAAUCAAGAGUGGGGUUUCCACAACGCCCGCGUGAAUUCCGUGGCUUGGUCCCCGGACUCUCUGCUGGUCGCUAGUGGCAGUCUGGAUACCAGCAUCAUCAUCUGGUCCGUGGAAAAACCGGCCAAGCACAUCAUCAUCAAAAACGCCCAUGCUCAAAGCCAGGUGACCAGACUGGCGUGGCUCGACAACCAGACCCUGGUUUCGGUGGGCCAAGACUGCAACACGAAGCUGUGGACCAUCACCAAGUUCUAAUUUUCCUAUUUUCUCCUUUAUUUUGCAUUUAACGUGCGAUUUCGUAAGCUUUUUAUUUAUUUAGGGUGAAGCAGUGGAGCCCCGCGGCUCGCCGGGACUGACUUGUCAAUUAAUUUUAUUUAUUUCCCCUUUUCUAUUAAUCAUGUAAAUAUUUAAAUUACGGAGGAGUGUUCGAUAACUGCUAAAUCAUCCAAAAACUAUAAUCUAAAGUAUUAUUUUUAUUUAUAUGAAUAAAUGGCUGUAUUGA